AUGAAAAGCGUCAAGGCCAUCGGGUUGGCAGGCCACCUGGGAGACUACAUUACAGACCUUCGACAGGCGGAAAUCGAAAGCUCCAAAGACGUGCGGUGGAUGCAUUGCAUUUACAAUGCAAGCGAACGCCGUGGGAAUAUUCACGCCCGUCGUCACGGUCGUGCUGUUUGCGCUCGUCGCUGCUGCGCAGGGUGUUCAACUAGAUGCGAAGACCACCUUUACCACCACUGCCAUUCUCGCAGUCGUGACGCACCCGGCAAACAUGAUUAUGACCAUUGUGCCGAGGGCCAUCGCUGCGUUGGCGAAUCUGGAGAGGAUCCAGGCAUACCUGCUCGAGCCAAAUCGCAUCGAUGA